CACUACUACAUCCCCCCACCACCAUCACCUCAAGAACUCUGACUCAAAAUGACGAAGGGUACCACCUCGUUCGGUAAGCGCCACACCAAGUCGCACACUGUGUGCCGACGAUGCAACAAGCGAUCGUUCCACCGACAGCACAAGACCUGUGCUUCGUGCGGAUACCCUGCCGCCAAGAUCCGAUCAUACGAGUGGGGCCAGAAGGCAAAGAGGAGGAGGACCACUGGUACCGGUAGGAUGAGGUACCUGAAGACCGUUCCCCGCAAGGCCAAGAACGGAUUCCGCACUGGUGUCGCUACCAAGAAGGCUGUUGCCGCUUCGGCUUAAGCUGGUCGUUCCUCAACGAUCACCUUCUCGAAGCAUAUAGUCUCCUUGUUCUCGCAUAUCAUCAUCAUCCCACUACGCAUUACGCUUCGGCCGAAGUGUUCUCGACGACA